UGGGCCACCGUGAGGGUCAUCCCCGAGGAGGAGAUGACGGAGCACAACCUUCUUGCUAUCCGAGUCAUGGUCACCAGUGACACAAGCAGCUCCGAGCUGGAGUCUGAUUUUAACAGUGACUCAUCAAAUGCAGAAGUGAAUGGACAGACCUCGUUGCUGGACCUCUCCACCUGCCUGAGCCCUGUCCAGAGGUGGGCAUCGCUCACCAGGAGCCGUGUGGCACUGGAGGAAAGCCCCAAAACAUCCAAAGUUGCUGAUGCACUGCAGAGAGCCAACAGUUUUCACUCCUCCGCGUUAAAUAAGUAUCAGAAUUGGAGGAGAAAACUCCAAACAAGCUUCCCUCUACUGUCCAGCAAGAAACCUGGGCUACACGGGAAGGACAGCUCAGCCAGCUGUCAAAGUGGUCCUGGAGAAAAUCCCUCCCAAACACAGUUGGCUCAUAAGAAACCACCAGAAAUAACAAGAGGACAUUUCAAACCCCACAGCCCAGUAUUUCAAAGAAAAGAAAAAGCCAGAGAGAUGCAUGAAAACAUCCAUGUCUAUGUGCCCCAUUGUUAUCCUUUUCAGAGCAGCACCAGAGGUUCUCCAUGGACCCCUCCUGGGAAUGGAACACUGGCUGAUUUUUCUGAGCCUGAAGACACAGAUAGUGACAAUGGGACAUACACAGCCCAGGGCUGGAAGGAAAAAACCCAGAAAUACACUUCUGAACCAGAAGAUAUUAUUGGGAAGACAAAAGUGCUGUCAUCUCUGGAUUUGCAGGAGAAAGAUGGCAAAAAUACAAGGCAUCCAGAAGAAAAGCUUGAGCAAGAAUUAAAGGAGGCAAAAAAGAGGCCGGUGCUUUGUGCUCAACAGCUGCCCUUGUCAUAUGAUUCUAACAGGGCAGACUUAGGGAGAACAUAUUCAGGGUGUCAAAACAAAGGAGUGCUGUGGACUUCACAGGAGAACGAUGCUGACUGGAAAAAAGUUGUGUUCAAGCGAUCUGGUUGUCCUGUGCCUCUCUUAUUUGCAGAUGAUGCUCCACCAGCUUUGCCAGUUGACACAAAAGAUGCUCUGAGGAGUGCAGAUGUAGAUGCCAGGGAGCACUCAGCUGGCCCGCCAAAGUCACCACUGAAGCUCUUAGCCAAUGCUAUCAAAAGGUCUGUUUUUGAGCCUCUGACCUCGUCUUCAGAGGGACCAAAGCAGGACUCAAACAGCAAAGUCAAAGCCUCCUCAGAACAAGCUUUCUUCAGCUUCCCCAGUACUCUUGGCUAUUCCCUAAGCCAAAGGAAGAGUAACAACACUCGGCCACCAGAGCUUAAAGCAGGGGAGUGGGCAGGAGAAUAUUUAGGAAAUGGGAGCCAUUUCUCAAAUUCAUCUAAUUUUUCUUUUGACUCUGAAGAGAGAUCUCCAAGGAGUUACAGCAAGGAGGCAUCCUUCCCAGUUUACAGUUCUCACACCAGGCCUUCCCAGACAACCAAUAUACUUCAGAAACCGUCUUGCACUGGGAUGGAGGAUGUUCCAGGACUCCUAGAAAAGUUUACUUUCAAAGAGACUCUUCCAGGGGCUUCCAUGGAUGACAUGUUUAUCUGUAAUGAAAAGUACCUCCUCCUUUCAUCUCCAGAGCCCAAGGAAAAUCUGGAUGACUCUGCACAGAAGAGUAGUCUUGGGUCCCUCUUUGAUAGACUGAGAAGUAAAGUUCGUUACAGAGAAAGGAAUUCCUUUGUGUCAUCUUUGCCUUUCAUGAGGGACCAUUCUCCAGAAAACAGGCUCUGUUAUCCUUCCACAGGAUGUGAACACCUAACUGUCAGAAAACAAGCUACUGAGUAUUCCACUUCUUCCUCCGAUGAUGAAUUUGAAUGCAAGAUUUUAUUAACACACCAGGCAAAAAGGUCUAUCAGAAGGAGAAGGAAGCUGGAGAGGGAGACAAAGCAAUUGAUUAAACAAGAGGAGCUGAAGAGGCUUCACAAAGCACAGGCAGUCCAGCGCCAGCUAGAAGAGUUGGAGGAAAAACAAAGAACUCUGGAGGUUUUUGGAGUCAAACUGGAGAGAGAACUAAGAGGAGAAUCAGAUUUGGGCACAAAGGAUGAAACUCAGAUGCUACAUGAAUGGUUUGAGCUGGUCCUGGAGAAGAAUAAAUUAAUGCGUUAUGAGUCUGAGCUCCUGAUUAUAGCCCAAGAGCUAGAAUUGGAAGACCACCAGAGCAGGUUGGAACAAAAACUGAGAGAGAAGAUGGCCAUUGAUGACAGCCUUAAAGAUGAAAUGGAUCUGAAUGAGGAGGUUGAAAUAUUUACUGAGAUGAUGAAAGUGGUUGAAGAAAGAGACAAACUUGUGUCUACCUUAGAGGAGCAGAGAGUGAAAGAAAAAGCAGAAGACCAGCACUUUGAAAGCAUUAUAUUAUCUAGAGGCUACCAGCGGAGCAGGAUUUAAACAGCCACAUGCAAAUAAACAUAAUUUCAGCAAUAUUGGUAAUCAUGGAGAUACAGUCUUAUGAAAAAUGGAGAAAUUAAAAUUGAAAAUCAAUUUAUUUGGGAAGCUUUGUUAUCAAAAGUGCUUAAGCAGCUCUUUUGCUCGUACCAGAGUGAGUCAUUUCACUAUCAGCUUAAAGGAUCACUGGAAUACAGAAUAGGACUGAAUUUACCUCUCUGACAGGCAUCAGUCUGUGAAAGGGAAAUCAGAGCUCUUUUGUUUUCUUGGAAUAUUAUUUUGAUGCUGAGAAUAGAGUUUCUGAGAAGCAUGUUGACAUCAUUUAUUAUUUUUGAGACAUUAGUUUCCAUCUGUUUAUCUGAAUCUGUAUGUGGUUUUGUUAAUAUUUUGGCACAGCCAAGCCAUAGUGAACUAUUUAAAGGUCAGAAAGCAAGCAUCACAUAUAAAAACAAGGUUAGUUUGUAUUUCUGGUGGAGGAAGUGUCAUUUGAUUAAUAACUACAUAUAAGCACUCAUUAAAACUACUGUAAAUGCAGUAUCAGAAAUUAAUUUUCUAGGUAUUUGCAAGUUUCAGUGCACUGUGUAUUUUUGAACAAGAAGUUAAAGCAAUAUUAAAUCCCUACAUUUUGUAGAAUGGUAAGGGAUUAUCAAAGGGGUCACUACCCUUAAAACUGUCAAAUGCUCAAAAAAGCUUUUGUAUGUCACAGAUUAAGGUCUUUAAAAUAUGCUAAAUGAUAAUUUAAAACUAAUAAUCCAAACCCAAUUAGUAUUUGUAGGGUAGGCUUUACAAUGGCUUGAUAAAAUACGUGGCACAUAGUAUCAUAGGGUGUGAUGAGUUAAAGAUCUUCCUGAGAAUAAUUCCUCAAAAGGAUUGCAAAAAAAAGUGUUGAUUUUUUAAUGUCAGCAUCUGAUAGAAAAUAUUGCGUGUAUAUUUACACUACAUUUACCUUGCUGCUUAAGAACAUAUGCAUAUCUUUGGCUUAAAGGAAAUAUCUCCUGUCUUCUCUGUAUAUGUAUUUGUAGAUAUUGGCAAAGCGUAUGUGCAGGUUCUCUUUAGUAUUCGGUGUAAUUCAAGUACUUUGUUAAAUCUGAGAUAAUUCUGCAAUUUAAGAUUGGUAGUACGUCCAACUGUAUGUAUGAUGCAUUAGAUUUUCAAAGUGAAAAAAACAAGGAGAAACUUAGACUUUCUUUUUGAAUAUCACUUUACCUCAUGCACUGAGAAGAUUUGAUAUUCUCGUUCUUUUAUGAAUGGUGCUUAUUUGCAGCCCAUGGUACAGCCAAAGCUAGAAACAUUCCUGUUACAAAAGCUUUAAGCUAAAAAAUCUCUUGGUAAGUAUCUGUAGGGUAACAGACACACUGGAUCCUGUCACAACAAGGUAUGAAUUAUCUUAAGUUUUUGCUGUAUCAUAAGAAAUUUAAAAUACCCUUUCUAACGAUACAAGCAAGAUUUUACUAUUGACCACAGAAAAAAAAUAUACCUCUAUCAGUGCGAGGAAUAUAUGACUAUUCCUCAAUAUUUAUGUAUUUAUAUUUAUUUAUUAGACUGUUUAAAGAGGAUAAGAGUGUCUGGUUACAUUUUACAGUUUGGAUGUUGUCUCUGAUUUUGAUACAUAGAUGUGUAUUUCUAACAGCUAUGUAUAGGUAAUGGUGUGCAUUGUAGAGUAGAUAGCUUUAUCCAUUUGGUAAAUAGUAAAAAAAUAUGAAUUAAGAUUUUAAAAAGAUGUUCUCAGUUACCAUAAAUUGAAGGGAUACCCUUAAAGCAUAGCAUGUAGGGCUUUAAUAGUAAAAUUUGUCUUUCAGCACAGUGGAAAGACAAAGCAGACUCCUUAAAUGUGUUCCAAAAUUACCAUCAGAACUUUUUUUUUCCCUCUGUCAUUCAUAAGCUAAGCAUACCUGAUCUUCAGUUUACAUUUUUAUUGAGAUGGAUUGCAGCAAUUGAUUUUUAAAUUGACUCUGUUACUUAAGAUUGACACAAAGUCGGAGCAGGCAGAGCAGUAAUAACUAUUUUAAUUUUCUCUGUUGAGCUCUGCUUGUAUUUCCAGUUUUGUGGAGAAAAUUUCUGGAUUUUAUCACUGUUCCCAGAAGCCUCAUGUAAUCAUGUAGAACAAGAGUGUCUGGAACAUUGUCAGUUUGCUGUGGAAGAUGGAGAGCCACAAUGCUUUCAAGGUAUUUAGAAAAAAAAAAAAAAGAAAA